AUGGAAUUCAAGUCGUAUUUUGCAGAGUGCAAAAGGGUUAAAAGAGUCAUUGGUGGAACGGAGGUACCUUGUGGUACUCAUAAGCAGAUUGUAUCUCUACGAAAUUCAAACACUUCUACGCAUUUAUGUGGCGCUACCAUCUUGUCUUUACGCGUUGCUAUAACAGCAGCGCAUUGCGUAAAAAAGUUCACUCCAGAAAUUUAUGCAUUGCAUCUAAAUAACUAUUGUACAAGUGAAGAUGAGACGAAGCCUCUAGUUCGCGUCCUGGAGAUUUUUAUACAUCCCAAUUAUGACGAAUAUUCUAGUGCACAUGACAUUGCAAUGUUGCGAUUGUUGCUUGAAGUCGGUGACAUAAUGUGGCUUAACAAUAUAGUGUUACCCAACUCUUCGUUCGGAAUAUCAGGAAAAUGUACAAUUUACGGUUACGGUGUAAAAGAUACUACGACAAAAGAAACAUCAGACAUAUUGGCUGCCGCAGAACUACAACUUGUAUCGCUCGACGAGUGUACACGUUUAUUAGGACAAUACGUUGCUCCCGAUUAUAACAGUGGAAUGAUAUGCGCUUUAGGCGAAAAUGUUGACGCUUGCCAGGGGGAUUCAGGAGGGCCGUUAGUAUGUGCAGGGAAAAUUGAAGGAGUGUGCAGCUACGGACUUAGCUGCGGCAUACGGGGAAUACCCGGUGUAUACGUCAGCAUUGGCGCCCACUUGAACUGGAUUAGGAGUAUUAUGAAAGAUAUCGAUGUAUCAGGAAAUAGUUCGACACGUCAAAUAUCAAUGUCCCUUUGUUCUUUUAAUAAUACAUACACA